UGUGUUUGAGUGUGCGCGCAUGUCCUUGUGAGGGUGAAUCGAGGCUCAGCACACCGCGGCAGACACACACCGCCGCAGACACACACCGCGGCAGACACACAGACAUGAAUCACCUCCUGAAAGUUCCAGCUCUGGCCGGCCGAGCCUUCAGCAGCUCCGCCCGGCAGCUGAGGAACCGAGUCCCCGAGCAUCAGAAGCUCUUCCAGGCGGACAACGGCCUCCCAGUUCACCUGAAGGGGGGGACCGUGGACGCUCUGCUCUACCGGGCCACCAUGACCAUCACCCUGGGAGGAACAUGCUACUCUCUGUACUGGCUCCUCAAGGCCUCGAUGCCUCAGAAGAAAGCCUAGAGGACAAACGGGCUCCGUCUAUAACCUGGAGGACGAAGCUCGUUAUGUUUCUCGUGUCAUUUCCAGAGUUGUAAAAAUGUCCUUUAAUAAAAGUGAGAGAUUGAAUCUGA